GCUUAGCAACGGGUAAUUCACUGAUUUCGCUCUCUACUGUCCAGUUGUCUGUUUGGUUUCGGUUUUGUUCUGAAGGAACUGUCUUGGUACUGUUGCUCGUUCUUUUUCUGUUCUUCUUAAAAUUAUGUUGGCGAUGUACAACAGUCAAUCACUGACUUCAGCUAAUACUAAGACUUUCAAUAGGACCCUGGUCUAUCCAAGUAGUGAAGUAAAAGACCCUAUCGUUGACUUUGAUCCCGAAGGCAUACCAAAGACAACUACAAUGACUCCUGCCCAAGAAACGAAAAUGUUCUCUGGUGCUGUUACCCUGCCACCUUUAUUGAAGUCCUCGUCUAACAAAACCGUUAAGGACACUACAUUUGCUGAGGCUUUACCUCGUUUAUCGGGAGUACAAGUCCAACCUAUGUUCCGGGACCAGGUACCAUUAAAUGAUCUCCAACAACGUCGCCCUCGUCAAUCUACUGCUGAUACUCUUCCCAACCUUCACCAUAACAGACCCCUGACAUCAGCACAGCCACAAUCAAUGACUGAUGAUGCAUCAUCCGACCAAAGCCAAUCUCAGAAACAACGAUACCUUACACCUGACCAAGCAAUCAAGCUGUAUGGAUCUAAACUCAGUGAAUUCGAACAGCAAGAAAUCCAAGCUUUUCAGCAAGUGUACUUUGUCGGCCAACAUGCUAAAAAACGUCAAGGGGUAAUAGGUGCGCCACAAAACAGUGGAUACGAUGAUGAUGCAGGUACAUAUCUCAUUGUAGCGCAUGAUCAUGUAUCAUACCGCUAUGAAGUUCUAAAAGUUUUGGGUAAGGGCUCAUUUGGUCAAGUGUUAAAGGCCUAUGACCACAAAAUGCAGACGCAUAUUGCCUUGAAGGUAGUUAGAAAUGAAAAGCGUUUUCAUAGACAGGCACAAGAAGAAGUCAAAAUUUUAGAACAUCUGAGACGCCAAGACAAGGACAACGCUCAUAACAUAAUACAUAUGAUUGAUCAUUUUACUUUCAGAAAUCAUGUCUGUAUAACUUUCGAACUUCUCAGCAUGAACUUAUAUGAGCUCAUUAAAAAGAACAAGUUUCAGGGUUUCAGUCUGGCCCUAGUUCGUAAAUUUGCUCAUUCUAUUCUUCAGUGUUUGGAUUCUUUGUAUAGAAACAGAAUUAUACACUGUGAUCUGAAGCCUGAAAACAUUCUUUUGAAACAGCCAGGAAGAAGUGGCAUUAAAGUCAUUGAUUUUGGAUCCAGUUGUUAUGAAUACCAGCGAGUUUACACAUAUAUCCAGAGUCGUUUUUACCGUGCUCCAGAAGUCAUUCUUGGAGGCAAGUAUGGAAUGUCUAUUGAUAUGUGGAGUUUUGGAUGCAUUCUAGCUGAGCUGUUAACAGGUUAUCCACUCUUUCCAGGAGAAGAUGAAGGUGAUCAAUUGGCAUGUAUGAUGGAAGUUUUAGGCUUACCAUCCCAAAAAAUGAUUGAAAGCACUAAAAGAGGCCGUACAUUUUUUAGCUCUAAGGGACAUCCACGAUACACCACUGUGAACAUUAAUCCUGAUGGAACAGCUUCAUAUACUGGAGGGAGAUCAAGGCGAGGAAAGUUUCGUGGUCCACCAGGUACUAAGGAUAUGAGCCGAGCCUUAAAGGGCUGUGAUGACCCUCAAUUUUUAGACUUUUUGAGACACUGCCUGGAAUGGGAUCCAGCCAUAAGAAUGACACCGCCACAAGCUCUAAGACAUCCUUGGUUACGACGCCGAUUGCCUAGAGCUCCUAUAAUUUCAGAUGGCCAGAGUUUAAGCCAAGGAAUACCUCCUCAUUUACCCUCUGCUGCUGCUGUUCAUUUGUCUUCUUCUGGUGCUGCAACAAACAAGCAAAGACAAUUGCCAGAAGCACCAAUUUCAAACAAUGCCACGACCGCGGCACCUAUGACAAAUGGAAAACUGUCUAACAGUCACUCAUCUCAAACAUUGCUGCAAUCCGACCAACUCAGCAGUAAUAGAACUGUGCUUCCAAAAAUAAUAGAUAGAUAGUACCACAUACUUUCUACAAAUUCAUUCUUUAGAUAUUUUUUGUUUUGUCUAUGUUAAAAGUAGUUUUAUUUUAAGAGUUAAUUUUCCUACAACAUA